CCUCAUCUCGCAGCAAAAAAGCGCGGUGGGCUUCGCCGUCGAUCGUCCAGCCGCCGCCACCGCCUCUGCUGCCCCCACCCCGACCAGCAAUCUCCACAGCCCCCGCUCCGCUACUCGAGCGAACGAGCGAGCUGCUUUAGCCUUUAGGCCUCCACCUCCCACCCCGGCAGGCGGCUUCCAACGAGCAGAGGCCAGGCGAGGAUGGACAGGCUCAACGCGAAGCUGUACCUGCAGAACUGCUACAUCAUGAAGGAAAACGAGCGGCUGCGCAAGAAGGCGCUGCUGCUCAACCAGGAGAACCAGGCCCUGCUCACCGAGCUCAAGCAGCGGCUCGCCAAGACGGCGGCGGCCAACACCAACAGCGCCAAGGCCAAAGGGAACGCGGCCGCGGCGGCCAGCAACCGAGCGGCCAUCCCUGACCUUAACACUGCCGCUCCGGGGGCGCACGGCGGCCACGAGCAGAAGGCGGCGCCCAAGCCCAAGAAGGCGGUCGCCAACUGAACUGAUGCGCGGCUGGUUACUGUCCUAGUGUCAUGAGCUAGAGUUUGUGGUUUCUAUUUAUGGUUUACUUCCUGGAUGUUAGGGCUGUGUGUUUAGUUUCAGCUGAUGGAAUGGAGAUCGCAUGCCUACUGAUGUGUAGCAGAGUCCUCAUGGAUAGGAUGGGUAGCUAGAUCAGCUAGGGGUAUAUAGACAUAGUUGGGUCAGUGUGUGCUGCAUGGCAGUGGCCUGGUGUUUCAGCAGCUCUCUUGCUUUCCUGGGGUCUUUGCACAACUUGAGCCAGAGCAUGACAAAUGUUAUCUGCUGCUUGUUUGAUGAUAA